UUGAAAUUCGAAUUGAGCUUCAAACUUGCUCGUGGUAAAACAGAAGGACUGGGCAAGCCACUUGAAUUCCGUGCAUUUGUGAAUAGUACAAGUGAAGAGAACAACCUUGACGAUAAUGACUGGCAGGCGGUUGUUCGCGUGAUUAAACGAGCUGAACUCGAUAUGACCGCUGUUUCGGAUCCUCCGAUUGUUAGGUAA